AUGUUUUUGAGUCAGAUUGAUGAAGAUGAAGAAGAGCACGGUCUUUUUGUAGCUCCACACAUCGCGGACUUUUCUAGUCUCAAAGGUGGAGCUUCUCGCCAUCUAUUGGCCAAUGGAACACAACGGAGGUAACAUUACCUUAUGAAAUCAAUAGUUCGAACAGUAUUUUUGAAUGUAUUUCUUUUUAAAAUGUAAAAAUUGAUGAUUUAUUCAUUUGUUCAAAGUUUAAAUUCUGCACGUCUUAAUGUUUUAGACUAGCCAUCAAAAUAAAGUGUAGCAACAAUGCCUUGUACCGUGUGUCUCCAGUUUACUACGUUCUGGAGCCAGGAGAAUCGCAAAGAAUUCUUGUAAGUUGUUUUUAUCAUAGCUUCUUUGCUAUGCAUACCCUGAUAACAAAAACAUUGUUUUUAUUUAUGUAAAGGAUGUCUUCAGAGAUUCUUUUACAAAAAAUGUUUUCAAGAUGCUUCCGAGAACUCUUUAAGUCAUUAGAACAACAAACAAUAUACCUUAUUUACUAUUUCUAGUCAAAAUAAUUUAGAAUUAGCUAGCACACCUUAAAAUUAGUCAAGUAAUCUGUAUAACAAACAACCUAUCAAGUCAAAGUAUAUUAUUGUAGGUAGUCCGAGACCCAGGAAAGCCAGCUGUUGACAAGAUGAUAAUAUUGUACAAGGCCACAAACUGUAAGAACGCUUACUCGGCGUUCCACUCAGAGGAUGGCGAGGAAGUGAAGAAGUCGUUAAUUGUUUUAAUUGCCAAAGAACCCCCUAAACUAGCCACUCUGGAUGAAUUCUCUAUUGACCCCAGUCCAGUUCAAGUAGAGGAGCCGCUCGCAAAGCCCGGAAAUGAGACUCCAUCGCCUCCGGGGCAUCUGCGCGGACGGAAAGUCAACCACCGUGCUCGAAGCGUGCCCUUAAGAGGUCGACAGAAGAAGCCGCUUCCCGAACGUCAUUAA